AUGCAUUUCGUUAGUCUCUUCGAGGUCGUAGCAGCCACGGAGCAUUGCGUAGCACUGGUGUCAGAGUGCGACAUGGUGGUUGUUCCAGUUGGAUGCAAGCAGAUGAUGAUCUACGUCGAUGGGCCAGAUCGAAUGAUGGUACAGGAGAAGUGUGCUGAAACAGGAAAAUGGGGUGAGUUCAUGCCAAUUGGAAGUCUGGGAAGUGGAGGAGCAGUGGAAGCACCACAACCAGAUUUGAGCAGCCAGUGGAGCGAGGUGAGGGCUGAGCAGGGCAGAAUGGCCCAAGAACCAGUGCAACCUGAGACGACUGUUGGGGCAGCUGAAUGUGGCGCAAAUGCAGGGGUAGUUAGUGCCGUAGCAGGAGAAGGGGCUGAAGCAGGAGAAACAGGUCAAAAUGGAAAUGGAGCUGAAACCAGUAAAAAUGGAAGCACUGCGGGUGGAUCAACCACAUCAACUACGUCAAAAAGCAGCACAAAGAGUUCAAGCAAAUCAAAGUCAAAUGGAACUGUUACAACACUUGGACUAUCAACAGUGGCAGCAAUUGUGCUUUUCACGCUAUUGGAAUAA